CACCCUCCCCUUCCAUCCUUUUCUUAUUCUGUAUAGAAAAGCAAUCAUCUUUGACUCCAUCCGAGCCGGAGGGAAGCCAUGGCAAUACCGGCAGAACCUAAGAAGAUAAUCAUAGAUACCGAUCCUGGGAUUGAUGAUGCCAUGGCAAUUUUUGUGGCACUUAGGUCGCCUGAAGUUGAGGUGAUCGGACUGACCACUAUUUACGGCAAUGUUUACACGACUCUGGCAACUAGAAAUGCCUUACAUUUGCUAGAGGUUGCGGGGAGGACAGAUAUCCCAGUGGCUGAAGGAUCCCAUGUUACAAUUACUAAAGGUACAAAACUUCGUAUUGCUGAUUUUGUUCAUGGUGCCGAUGGACUUGGGAACCAAAACUUCCCUCCACCACAAGGAAAGAAAAUUGACAAGUCUGCUGCUGAAUUUCUCGUUGAGCAAGCAAAUCUUUACCCUGGAAAGGUCACUGUGGUGGCAUUGGGCCCAUUAACAAAUAUCGCACUGGCUCUUGAACUAGAUCCUUCAUUUGCCAAAAACGUUGGACAAGUUGUUCUUCUUGGUGGUGCAUUUGCAGUUAAUGGAAAUGUAAAUCCAGCAGCUGAGGCCAAUAUUUUUGGUGAUCCGGACGCUGCAGAUAUUGUGUUCACAAGUGGAGCUGAUAUUUUAGCUGUAGGGAUAAAUGUUACCCAUCAAGUUGUUCUGACAGAUGCUGACCGAGAAAAAUUGGAAAAUUCAAGUGGAAAAUUUGCUCAGUAUUUGUGCAAGAUUUUGAAUGUCUAUUUUGCUUAUCAUCAUGAGGCAUACAGCACCAAAGGUGUUUACCUUCACGAUCCAGCAGCCAUUCUUGCAGCCAUUAAUCCUUCCCUUGUCACAUACACAGAAGGUGUUGUGAGAGUCCAAAUCACUGGCAUCACAAGAGGACUGACAGUAUUGUAUAACAAGCAAAAGAGGUUUGGUGAAGUCACAGAGUGGUCAGAUAAACCAACCGUGAAGGUGGCUGUCACAGUAGAUGCUCCAGCCAUUGUCAAACUAGUUAUGGACAGGCUGAUGGACUCCUGAUGUGUAGAGAUAGGAGCAUGCUAAAUUGCUAAUAAUCAAGUAUGCUCUAUUUGGUUGCCAGUAGACUUUGAUCGUGAAUUGUAUCAUUGUUGCCAAUGGCUCUGAAAGGUGCAACUGCAAGAAGCAUCUGAAUUUCUAAUUGCUUUGAUAAUGAUUUGGCAUGGAUGCUUGUAAGCUUUUACAUCUCUAUUCACUUGCAAUAAUGAAUUGACGACCUUCUA